AUGGAAACAGAGAAAACAUCGAUCCGCAAAUUGCUUGGAAAAUUAAGCGGGCAGCCCGACUCGUAUCUGCGGAAGGGCAACUACACCUUUGGCAGAACUUUAGGUGCUGGGUCUUUCGGAUUGGUGCGUUAUGCACGGGAUAACAGUACCGGCGAAGACGUCGCCGUUAAGAUCAUCAUUAAGAAGGCAUUGAAGGGCAAUGCGCAGUUGGUCAUUGAUGAAUUGCAGCUACUCCAAGAGCUUCACCAUCCGCACAUCGUCGGCUUUCGCGAUUGGUUUGAGUCUAGAGAUAAGUUCUAUAUUGUUACUCAAUUGGCUACUGGAGGCGAGCUUUUUGACCGGAUUGUGCAACAGGGGCGUUUCACUGAACACGAUGCGUCGGUGGUAAUUUUACAGAUUCUCGAGGCAAUUCUGUACUUGCACAAACACAACAUUGUGCAUCGUGACGUGAAGCCCGAAAAUGUGUUGUACCUCAACGAGCUGCAGGACUCCAAUGUAGUUUUGGCCGAUUUUGGUAUUGCCAAGAGACUUCAGGGGCCAGACGACAAACUCACCUCCAGUGCUGGCUCUUUCGGUUAUGCCGCUCCUGAAGUGGUCCAGGGCUUAGAGCAUGGCAAGCCUUGCGAUAUAUGGUCGCUCGGUGUGGUCACAUACACAAUAUUGUGUGGCUAUUCGCCUUUCAGGGCCGAAGACGUCACUGACUUUAUCGCUGAGGUGCGCAAUAACAACGCGGUGGUGUUCCAUGCAGAGUACUGGAAGGAUGUUUCCAAGGAUGCAAGAAGAUUCAUCAUCAAGGCAUUGCAAUUUGACCCAGAGAAACGUUCAACGGCUGAUGAGCUCUUGAACGACCCGUGGCUCGUCCAUGUAGCUGCCACCCACAAGGAGGCAGAUUUGUUGCCGAACUUGAAGGAACACUUCAAUGGUAAAUUGAAGUUCCGCCAAGUGAUUGAGAUGGUUAAAUUGUCCAACAGAAUUAAGAAACUCAGAGCCCUCCAGUCACAUGAAGAUGAUGAUCCUCACGAAAUUGACUUGUUUGGAGAGAAUGGUGUCAUCUCAGAUUCAGACCUCCCGGCCGACGAAGGAGACAGUAAAUCGGUCGAUACCAGCACCAUCAACAAGUAUGGAGUAAAAUCACCUUUGCUGUCGUGGGGCAAGUUCAGUAGUGCGUUGCAUGAUCUAGCUGCUAGAGAUGGUUCCAAGAGCUCCGUAUCGUCACUUAGCAACCUUGAUGCAAAGCCAAAGGGCUCUGCUACAAGUGCUUUCCAGCAAUUGGUGAAAGCCGCCACGGAGAACAAGGAUAGGGUCAUCCAGUAUGAUGAGAACAUCCAGAAGGAGGGAAAGGCUAAAGAAGGGCCUGUUCUGAAAUAA